AAUAGGCGGCUACCCCCUCACGUGACCCAGGACGUCACUGCGGGGAGCCGGGGACAGGCGCUACGGCAGCCGGGAAGCGGCGAUGUCGGGGGACGGAGAACGCUCCCCGUUGCUGCCCGCGGAGCUUGGCGAGCCUGGCACUCCCGGGGCGGGCGGGACCCUGGCCGGGCCUGGCGGGCUCGUGCCCUCCGCGCCGCUCCCGCCCUACGGGGGCCCCGCGGCAGGGAAGCCGGCCCCGCCCCAUGGCUUCCCACCGUUCCCGGAUGGGCAUCCGGCUGUGCUGCCCGGCGAGGACCCCCCACCCUACUCCCCCAUGGCCAGCCCCGACAGCGGCAGCGCCCCCAUGAUCACCUGCCGCGUCUGCCAGAGCCUCAUCAACGUGGAGGGCAAGAUGCACCAGCACGUGGUGAAGUGCAGCGUCUGCAACGAGGCUACGCCGAUCAAGAAUGCUCCCCCAGGGAAGAAGUAUGUGAGAUGUCCCUGCAACUGCCUGCUGAUCUGCAAGGUGACGUCCCAGCGCAUCGCCUGUCCCCGGCCCUACUGCAAAAGAAUCAUUAACCUGGGCCCGGUGCAUCCAGGGCCCCUGAGCCCCGAGCCCCAGCCUGUGGGAGUGCGGGUCAUCUGUGGGCACUGCAAGAAUACUUUUCUGUGGACAGAGUUCACAGACCGCACCUUAGCCCGCUGCCCGCACUGCCGCAAAGUCUCCUCCAUCGGGCGCAGGUACCCCUGGAAGAGAUGCAUCUGCUGCCUUCUCCUGGGUGUCCUAGUGGCUGUAGCUGCCACAGGCCUAGCGUUUGGCACAUGGAGGCACGCCCGGCGGUACAGUGGGAUCUACGCCUCCUGGGCGCUUAUCAUUCUCCUGGCCGUGCUGUGUCUGGGCCGGGCCAUGUACUGGGCCUGCAUGCGAGUCAGCCACCCCGUCCAGAACUUCUCCUGAGCCGCCCCUGCCGUGGGGAGCCCCGC